AUGGCUGUCCAUGCUACCGAUGGCACGGAGAAGAGAGCACUCCCCACCGUCAAUCAGCUCCCAUCCGGGGCGGCUAGCGGAGAUGUCACGCCCAUCUUUCCGUCCAGCGGCGACGUGAGCAUGGACGAGGCCGACAGAAAGCUGGAAGCCAUGGGCUACACGCCAGUCUUCCGACGCGAGUUCUCCAACUGGUCCAGCUUCAGCUUCGCCAUGAGCAUCGGCGGCGUGUAUGCCUCGCUGAUGUCGACGUGGAUCUACGGCCUGCAAGCCGGCGGCGCGGCUGCCAUUAUGUGGAGCUGGAUCAUAGGGGGCGUCGGAGCAUGGGCGCUGGCCAUGAGCUUGGCCGAGCUGUCGUCGGCGUACCCCAGCGCCGGAGCCAUGUACUCGGCCAUGCGGUACCUGGCUCCUCCAGACCAGGUCCCCAUCCUCAGCUGGAUGUCCGGUUACAUCACGCUCGCGGGAAUCAUCGCCGGCAGCGCUAGCACCGAGUAUGCCACGAGCCAGAUGUUGCUGGCUGCCGUCUCUAUUGCGACCGACUUCUCCUACAGGCCCACGUCGGGCCAUGUCGUGGGCGUCAUGGCCCUCCUGACCGUCGUCCACGCGUCCAUCAACAGCCUGCCCACCCGCUGGCUGAACCGGCUGACGAGCGGCUACGUCGUGUUUCACAUGAGCGUGUUGAUCGGUGCCUGCGUCUGCCUGCUGGUGCAGACCAAGGAGAAGCACAGCUUUGCCUAUGUGUUCACUGACUUCCAGCCGUCCUCGGGCUGGACCCCACCGGGGUUUGCGUUCCUGUUUGGCUGUCUCACCCCGGCCUGGAUCAUGACCAACGCCGAUAGCACGGCGCGAAUCGCCGAAGAAGCCAAAGACCCGGCCCGCGUCGUCCCCAAAGCCAUCGCCAAUGCAACAACCUUCACCUUCCUCACCGGCCUUGUCUUCAACCUCGUCCUAGUCCUCUGCAUGGGCAACCCGGCCUCCCUCCUCUCCACCCCCAGCGGCCAGCCCGUGUCCCAGCUCUUCUACAACGCCGCCGGGCCCGUUCCAGCCCUAUUCUUCACCCUGGCCGGCUUCGCCGUCAUGAACCUCGUCGCUAUCCCCGGCCUGCAAUCGGGCAGCCGCACCAUCUACGCCUUUGCGCGCGACGACCUGAUCCCGCUCUCGCGCGUGUGGCGGCGCAUCUCGCGCCGGAGCCACACCCCCGUGGCCGCGGUGUGGUUGUAUGCUGCGCUGGAGAUCGCGGUGAACCUGUUGGGUCUGACGAGCGAGACGGCCAUCAGCGCGGUGUUCAACGUCUGUACGGCGGCGCUGAAUGUGAGCUAUAUGCUCCCCAUCGUGUGCAAGCUGCUAUAUGGACGGUUCGAGCGCGGGCCGUGGCACUUGGGGCGGUGGAGUCUGCUGGCCAAUGUGCUUGCUAUUGCGUGGAAUGGGUUCGUGUCGGUGAUUUUCUUCCUGCCGACGCGGUUGCCAGAUGGAUAUGCUGACAGGGUGAAACAGAUGAACUAUGCCAGCGUCGUCUUCGUGUCUGUGGUCAUGUUUGCUGUUGGGUUCUGGUAUACCCACGGACGCCACUACUAUACCGGCCCGGGGACUCGGCGGAGGGACGCCCCGGUGACGGUGUAA